CGGACACUGUAGAAUGAGGGGCUCCCCGGGCGCGGGCCCGGCCAAUCAGAGCGCCGACUGCCUCCCCUGGCCAAUGGCAGGCGCCACAUUGUUGUCCAAUUCUGUCUAAUGGAGCCCUGAGGAGCAACAAUAGAGCGGGCGAGCGGCUCAUUGAGAGCUGGCAGCGCCGGGCUACCGGGCCCGGAUAGAGCGCAGCGUCCGGAGCGCACCGAGGGGACGCGGGUUCCAAGCAGCUGGCCCCCGGCCGGGUCCCCGGUCCCGAGUCCCCUCCGGAGUGUUGGACUGCUGUGUUCCGAGGGGCGGGGGGGUCCGGAAGUUCGGACAUGGUGGCUGAAGGAGGGUGACGUGGUCAGAUAAGGGGCCGGGGGCAAAGGGACGAGGCCGAGAGAGCGGCGGCGCGAGCGGAGCUGGGCGGUGCGUGCAGCUCCGGCGGAGGAGGAGCCCGGAGCCCGAGGCAGGUCCAGCCAUGGAGCUGCGCUCGGAGCUACCCAGCGUGCCGGGCGCGGCGACAGCAGCGGCCACAGCGACGGGACCUCCCGUGGCAUCAGUGGCGUCAGUGGCCGCGGCGGCGGCGGCCGCAGCCUCGCUGCCGGUGAGCGUGGCCGGGGGCUUGCUGCGGGCGCCCCCCCUGCUGUUGAGGGCCGCGGAGAAGUACCCGCGGACCCCCAAGUGCGCGCGCUGCCGCAACCACGGCGUGGUGUCGGCGCUCAAGGGCCACAAGCGCUACUGCCGCUGGAAGGACUGCCUGUGCGCCAAGUGCACGCUCAUCGCCGAGCGCCAGCGCGUCAUGGCUGCCCAGGUGGCGUUGCGCAGGCAGCAGGCGCAGGAGGAGAACGAGGCGCGCGAGCUGCAGCUGCUGUACGGCACUGCCGAGGGCCUGGCGCUGGCCGCCGCCAACGGCAUCAUCCCACCGCGGCCCGCCUAUGAAGUCUUCGGCUCCGUGUGCGCCACCGACGGCGGGGGGCCCGGAGCUGGAGCGCCCGCGGGGAGUGCAGGGGGCGCAGGGGGCGCAGAGGCCAAGUUGCAGAAGUUUGAUCUGUUUCCCAAGACGCUGCUUCAGGCCGGCCGCCCCGACAGUCCGCAGCCACAGCCAGUGAAGCCCUUGUCGCCCGACGGCGCAGACUCGGGUCCCGGGACCUCGUCCCCAGAGGUGCGGCCGGGUUCAGGCUCGGAGAACGGAGACGGCGAAUCCUUUUCAGGGUCGCCUCUGGCCCGGGCCUCCAAGGAGGCAGGCGGCAGCUGUCCCGGGAGCGCGGGCCCGGGCGGUGGCGGCGAGGAGGACAGCCCUGGCUCCUCCAGCCCCCUGGGUUCCGAAUCGGGUUCGGAGGCUGACAAAGAAGAGGCGGAGGCCGCACCGACUCCGGGGCUGAGCGGCGGCCCCGGGCCGCGGCAGCGGACGCCGCUGGACAUCUUGACGCGCGUCUUCCCGGGCCACCGGAGAGGCGUCCUGGAGCUGGUGCUGCAGGGCUGCGGCGGCGACGUGGUGCAGGCCAUCGAGCAGGUGCUGAACCACCACCGCGGAGGCCUGGCGGCCGGCCUGGGCCCCGGCGCGCCGCUGGAUAAGGCCACGGUGAGCGCGGCCGUCGCGCCGCUCGGCCUGAGCCCGCUGCGCCUGGCCUACUCGGCGGCGGCAGCCCACAGCCGCGGCCUGGCCUUCAUGGCGCCCUACUCCACCGCCGGCCUGGUGCCCACGCUCGGCUUCCGGCCGCCCAUGGACUACGCCUUCAGCGACCUCAUGCGCGACCGCUCGGCCGCCGCCGCCGCCGCGGUGCACAAGGAGCCGGGCUACGGGAGCGGGCUGUACGGGCCCAUGGUCAAUGGCACCCCCGAGAAGCAGUAGGACACGGGCCCCCCCCGCAGCCCGGCGGCCCCCAAACACUGACCCAGCCUGCUGCCCAGCCCCCCGCCCCUCCUCGCCCUGCCCCGCGCCCUCCGCUCAGAGUUGGCCUUGGGGAUUUGUUUUGAGGGGUGGGUGGGAGCACCUCGGCUAACCGCGCAGGUGUUCUCAGAGGGGCCUUGGGGUCCGGGUGCUCGUCCAGCCUCGGGCCACCUCCCCCCAGGCCCGCUCCCCCUGUGGCCCAAAGGCCGGGGAUGUCUAAGAAUCCCGAGGCCGGCUGCGGCCGCGCCUGCCCCUGCUGCUCCCUCCGCUCCGCUCGCCUUGCCAGCCCGCGCUCAAGGUGGAUGGCAGGACAAAUCAGCCUCUCGUGUGUGUCCUCCAGUCCCCACUCCCCUUUCAUUAAAAAAAAAAAAAUCCGCUCUAACAAAUAUAAAUUUAGGAUGUAUACAUCUCUUGCCACUGAGUCGAGUCUUUGGGGCACACAUAUAUAUCGAUAUCAAUUGUAAAAAAAAAAAAAAAAGGAAACGUUCUAAGGUGCACUUUCCUCGUUGCGGUAUUUGUCGCUCUCUUUGUUGCUUAUGCCGAUAAGCAUGGGUUUCCUUGGUGCAGUGUGAGUUUUUAUAUAUGUAUAAAUCUAUAUAUAAGCUAUACAUAUAUAUAUACAAGCCAGUGUAUAAUGUUAUAAAAUGGAAUUCUAAGUUAAUUGUAAUCUGUAGGUGACCUCGGUAUUAACGUGAAAAACAUUCAAAAUCAAAGCAAAACAACAAAAAAAAAAAGGACAAACUGGGAAAAUUAGACUAUUCGCGCAUUGUACGUAUGGGGUUUUAUAGAUGAGAUCUACUGUAAGCUGGGGAGGAACCCUGCCCGCCCCCUGCCCCUGGCCUGCAGCUGCUCUCCGGAGCGGGCCAGCACAAGCUGGAGCACGACUGAGCGUCGGGUGACAGAGCCGGAAGCUCCGGGACUCGGCAGCCAGCGACGCUGCGGAGAACUGCUCACUUUGUGCUUUCCCUUGCAUAGGUAUGAGCUAGAAAUAAAUGUUAUUUUCUAAAUAAA